CUCCCUGCAGCGUGGGUUAGGAUGGAGCGUGUGUGAGAGUGAGUAGCGUGAUGCCGGGCAUCGUCGGGAAUCAUCUCGCACCCCGUGCUGGCCUUGGACUCUUGAAGAAGAACAAGACCCCCCCCCCACCCACCUCCAUCGCCAUGGCAAUGGCUGUCUGCCGACUCAGAUCAGCUAUCGCUGCUUCUUUUUCUGCUCCCCUCGCGUCUGCCCCUGCCUUCUCCGGCCUCCGUCGCCUCCCUCUUGCUCCCGCUUCGUCUCCCGCUUUCGGUGUCGUCUUCUCUUUGAGUGAGGGGAAGGGGCACAGAGGUGUCGUCACCAUGACUGGGGCCGGGAAGUUUUUCGUUGGCGGGAACUGGAAGUGCAAUGGCACAACUGAGUCGAUCAAGAAGCUCGUGGAGGAUUUGAACAGUGCCCAAAUUGAGGACGACGUUGAUGUCGUCGUCGCUCCCCCGUUUUUGUAUAUCAGCCAGGUGGUCGGGUCUUUGACGGACCGCAUUGAGGUCUCCGCUCAGAACUCUUGGGUCGGCAAGGGAGGAGCCUUCACUGGUGAGAUUAGCGCCGACCAGCUGGUCGAUGUCGGUGUGAAGUGGGUAAUUCAGGGCCACUCUGAGCGCCGACACGUCAUUGGCGAGUCGAAUUCAACCGUUGGGAAGAAGAGCGCGUACGCAUUGUCCAAAGGCUUGGGAUUGAUUGCUUGCGUUGGAGAGUUGCUCGAGGAGCGCGAAGCCGGCCGUACCACAGAUGUUGUGUUUGAGCAGCUGCAAGCAUAUGCCGAUGAGAUCUCAGAUUGGUCGAAGGUGGUGAUUGCCUACGAACCAGUGUGGGCCAUUGGAACUGGCAAAGUUGCCUCUCCUCAGCAAGCGCAGGAGGUGCACAGCGCCAUUCGAUCGUGGUUGAGUGACAAGAUCUCGCCAGAGGUGUCCUCUGCGACUCGCAUUAUUUACGGUGGUUCUGUGAACGGAGCUAACAGUGCCGAGCUUGCCAAGCAAGAAGAUAUUGAUGGUUUCCUUGUCGGUGGAGCCUCAUUGAAAGGACCUGAGUUCGCCACAAUCUGCAAUGCUGUCACCGCAAAGAAAGUUUCUGCAUAAUCUCGUACAUUGAAUGCGCUGGUUUAGCCGAAUGACUUAGACUAAGCGCCUCCCUUUGUAAAUCGCUCUCGGACAUGCUGUAAUGGUAGCCCAUGUUUAUGGUAAAAAAUCAUUGUAAUUCUUCAAAGCUUUUCCUCUGUAUGUUUACGCGUAAUACCCUCUGCCAGCUCGCGGGAAAUUCUCCACCUUUUUCUAUUAAAGAGUAAGAGAAUCCGUUCAAUUUCAA